CUAUAAACACCCUGCAUACAUACUGGAGAUGGCCGCACCAACUGGUAGAUUAUUGGAUUUGCUUAAGGUCCAAUGCCGAAUUUUCUCGCUGAAUUUCAACCCCGAAAGGCAGCGACUAGGGAAUAAGAUUCUAAGACAACGUUUGCGUGGUCCAGCACAUGCAGCGUGGUAUCCAAAGAAAACCGUCUCCUUCAGGGAUCUCCAGGAACAGUAUAAACAUUCAGGCUUGACGAUGUUUGAUGAAUGCGAAGACGAUCGUGAGGAGUCAAUUCAAAUUGCGAAGCUGCGAGGAAAGGGUAGACCGGCAAAGAAGAGAACAGCGCCAGACCAUCGAGCGUCGAAAAAGAAAUGAAGUAAUGGAUUGGCUUAAUCUUGAAUAUUUGAUGCCCAUCCUAGAAAAUCCGCUUUAUUUCCAUCCUGGCCAACAUGCAUGAAACUGGGCAUCUGCGCAAAUGUCUACUGUGUUGAACAAAAUUAGUUCUGGAGCACAUAUUUUUCCUGGGAUUACUUUAUAUCUUGAGUCUGUACGAUAUAAGCCCCAAGUGUUCGACUGGGUUACUUCAGUCUUAAGGUGGUCAGAUAACCCAAAAUUGAGCACCUGCUGAUUGAUUGUCUUUAGUAUUACUUUUAGUAGCAUUUCAAUGAGUUCACGUGGGCACAAAGUAAAUAAUGAAUUGAGAGAAAAUAAUGAUGGAGAAAACAGUGGGUGACGUAGGAAUGAAAUUCU